ACUUGUAUGAGGACCCUAAACGCUGGGCAUUCUCAUUCCAGUCCCUUGUGUUAUUACGUUACUUCAACGACAUACAGAGCCACAGGUUAAACCAGUAAGAAUGCUAGAGAGAUCCAUUUUCAGUGCAAGAUAUUGUUUUUCCGAAAAUCUAAAACGAAGUGGAUUAUUGUCUGAUAUUGAAUACAUCAUGCUUAACCAAUGGUUUGAUUAUGUCAUGACACAACAUAAUCCUCAGGUGGAUUUAAUAGUCUAUCUUCGUACAACACCAGAGAAGUGUUAUGAGAGAAUAAAAGCACGAAAUAGACCCGAGGAACAGAUAGUCUCAUUGGAAUAUUUGAAACAGUUACACGAUCUUCACGAAGCUUGGUUAAUUGGAGAAGAAAACACGUCUUUUAUUAGACCUCCUGUGCUGGUUGUAAAUGGGGACCAAGACAAACAGACUAUCAGGAGCAAAUUAUUUGGAAUACAAAAACAAAUAUUUGAACAUCUAAAACAGCCUGUAUACACCUGAUGAAUGGUUGAACUUUGACCCUAUAUUCCACUGAUGAGAAGGUGACCUGUGACCUACAAUUUCAUUCCUAUUAAGAUAUUACUUGUAAAAUGCAGAGACGUUAAAAUCUCACUGGAAGUCUCGGAAAAUCCUAAAGAAUGGGAGAAUUUGCAAAAACAGCAAAAAGAGAAAGAAGAAGCCAAGAAUCUCAGUAUAUUAUAUGUCUCUCUAAAUUGUCAUGAAAUGGAUCCAUGGACGUAAAUCCUAUCUUUAUGCAGGUGAUGUUGAUUGCUGACCUUUGACCUGUGUAGGGAUUAUAAGUGACCUGUCUUUUGUGUAGGUCAAAUA